GGGCUGCAGAACUGAAUAGUGGAGUUCAGGUUGGAGUUUCAUCACCUUUGAGUUAGAGGGCAAAUGCGUGCAUUGAAGAGGUGGACGAAACGAUUUCUAUAAAUAAAUGUUGCUCAUCAAUGAUGACUGCUUUACAUUAAGAUAUUGUUUGUUGUGUAAUUUUAUAGCUAAUAAAAAUAAAAAAAGAUUCCAAGAUUGUUGUUUCGUUGUUUACCCUAGUUGUUUAAUCAUUUUUUUGUUUAUUUUUAUCUAUAUUUUAUUUACAAUGUCUGCCCUCUCCUGUAUGUUUACCCUAAAUAUGUGAAAAAAGAACAAAAAAAAGAAAGUGUCAAAAAAAACCACAUUACCUCUAAAUCAAAGGAAACAAGAAGUCAUGCACUUUCAUGACAUCAACAUGAAUUUUUUUUGUUUUGUUUAGCACAAUCAGCAGUUUUCCACCCAGCAACAUACAGAAAAACUCUGAUUUAAAGAGAAACAGAUUCUCAAAAGGAGGAAGUGGGAAGUGUUUGCUCUCCUGCAUGAAAGUGACUCAGUUUUUCUUUUGUAUCUUUGUUGGUAACACAUAACACAGGAUUUUCUCAGCCAUGUUCAGCAAAAAACAAAGUAACUCAUACGUUCUGACUUUAGUCUCAUGUCUUUUUAGCUCAUUUGCUUCAGGUCAGAUCCGGCUGGCUGGGUCUGGAUCGACUCGGUGCUCCGGAAGAGUUGAAAUCCAACACAAUGGAGUCUGGGGAACAGUCUGUCAUGACAGCUGGGAUCUAAACGAUGCCAAAGUGGUCUGCAGACAGUUGUCCUGUGGGACAGCUCUUCAUGCUGCAAAAUCGGCUCUUUUUGGUCAAGGAUCUGGCACAAUCUGGCUGGAUGAUGUAGCAUGUUUAGGCAUUGAAAGUUCAUUAACAGAGUGUGAUCACAGAGGUUACGGGACACAUAACUGUAAUCAUGGCGAAGAUGCGAGUGUCAUCUGUUCAGAAAGUCUUGUGAAGCCCAGCAUCUCCAUGGAUCCUACUGGAGAGGUCUCCUGGGGUCGGGAACUCAGAAUCACCUGUUCCACUGCAGCUGAACUUUUAGGGGAGACAUUUUUGCUCCAGAAAAUCUCUGACUCCUUCAGACAGAUACAAGUUUCUGCUACCCGCGCUGCAACCUUCACCAUCUCUAAAGUCAACUUUGAUCAUGACGGAUCGUAUCAGUGUCAGUAUGAGAAAACAGCUUCUGGUCAAACGUUCACUUCACCUCUCAGCGACCCUCUGAAUAUCACUGUUACUGUGAACUUCUUAAAGCCCAGACUCUCUGUGAGUCCUGCUGUUUUUUCCUGGGGGGAAGAAGUUGUGUUUACCUGUUCAAUCCAAACUCAAGCUCUUGGUGGAACCUUCAUCUUAACAAAGACCGGGAGUUCAUUUAUGAAGACUCAAAGGUCAAGUCAAAAUUCUGCCAACUUCUUAAUCUCCAAAGCUGACACUGAUCAUGACGGGUCGUACCAGUGUCAGUAUCAGAUGAAAGGAGCACAUCAGAACUUCACUUCUCCAUUUAGCAACUCUGUCACAGUGUCUGUAAACGUGAGCUCACUGGUGCCAAAGAUCUCACUUUCAUCUCAUGGUGCAGAGUUGUUCUGGGGUCCUGGAGAAGUGGAGAUCACCAGGGGUCACAGCUUUAUCGUCACCUGCUCCAUUAACUCUAAAUCUCUCCAGGGCCGUUUCUUUCUCAAGUUUUCUUCAUAUAUCAUGACUACAAACACCCCAGCUGUCAACAACUCCGCCUCCUUUACCUUUCCCGUGGCAGAGUUUGAACACCAGGGUGACUUAAGCUGUGUGUAUGAGGUCACCCUGUCUGGGCGCACCGUCACCUCUGCUGAGUCAGCACCCAUCACUGUCGUUGUGAAACAGUCUUUGCUGCCGAUGAUCUCUGCAGCUUUUGGUGGAAUCCUCCUCCUGUUGCUCUUCAUCGUGUUCCUGGCCUGUCUCGUCCACAGGAGAAGAAAACACAAAGACUCAGUGGUUCUUUUUCAGACUCAAAGGUUCACCAGAGAGAACUGUGGAAAUUGUGACCAUCAAUAUGAAAAUCUUCCUGAACAACCAUUUCCAUCAAAACUUACCAACAAAGCAGAUAAAGAGAAAGGAAAUGAUUAUGGAGAUGAGGAAAACCUUUAUGAAGAAUUUAGUCCACCAUACGCCAUGGAGUGUGUGAGUGCUAAGAGUGAAAGACAAGAAGAGGGAAAAGAGAAGGACAACACAGAAACCAGCGAUGACAAAAACUACUGCAACAACGUAACUUUGCGUGUCCACCUGCCGGAAAGGCAUCCAAAGAAGAGUCAGCUAACCAGCAGCAAGCUGGGACUUGACCCUAUGGGUGUGGCUAUAGUCCUCUUGCAGCUCUGCUUUUUGUGUCUUUUAAGCUCAUUUGCCUCAGGUCAGGUCAGGCUGGCUGGGUCUGGAUCGACUCGGUGCUCUGGAAGAGUCGAAGUUCUACACAAUGACGUCUGGGGAACAGUGUGUGACUAUCAUUGGGAUCUAAAUAAUGCCAAAGUGGUCUGUAAAGAGUUGUCCUGUGGGACAGCUCUUCAUGCUCCUGGAUCAGCUCUUUUUGGUGAAGGAUCAGGCAAAAUCUGGCUUGAUGAGGUGGAGUGUUCAGGCAAGGAAAACUUAUUGACGAAGUGUCAACACAGUCAUUUUGGGACACCAAGGUGUGGUCACGGUGAAGAGGCUGGUGUCAUAUGUUCAGAAAGUCUUGUGAAGCCCAACAUCUCCAUGGAUCCUGCUGGAGAGGUUUUAUGGGGUCAGGAACUCAGAAUCACCUGUUCAACUGCAGCUGAACUUCGAGGAGAAAACUUUCUUCUCCAGAGGAGCUCAGACUCCUUCAGACAGACACACAAUUCGUCAAGCCGCACCGCAACCUUCACCAUCUCAAAAGUAAACUUUUUUCAUGAUGGUCCGUACCAGUGUCAGUACGAGAAAAUUGUUUCUGGUCAAACAUUCACAUCACCGCUAAGUGAACCACUUAGCAUCAGUGUUACUGUGAACUUCUCAAAGCCCACACUCUCUGUGAGUUCUGCUGAAGUUUCCUGGGGUCAAGAAGUCUGGUUUACUUGUUCAAUCCCAACUCAAGUCUUUGGUGGAACCUUCAUCCUGAUGAAUACCCAGACGUUAUUUGUGAAAACUCAAACUUCAAGUACAAACUCUACCAACUUCUUGAUCUCCAAAGCUGACAUUGAUCAUGAAGGAUUAUACCAGUGUCAGUAUCAGAAGAGAGGACCACAUCGAGAUUUCACUUCUUCACCAAGCAACUCUGUUAGACUCUCUGUAAACGUGAGCCUACAGGCGCCCAACACAUCACUAACUUCUCCUGGGUUAGAAGUGAUCCGGGGUCCUGGAAGAGUGGAGAUCACUAGAGUUCACAAUUUCACCUUCACGUGCUCCAUCAACGCUGAAUCUCCACAGGGUCGAUUCUUUCUCCUGUUUUCUGGCUACGACAUGACAAACAGCAGCCUAGCUGUCAACCACUCCGCCUCCUUCACCUUUCCUGUGGCAGACCUUAAACAUCAGGGUAGCUACAGCUGUGUGUACCAGGUCACCCUGUCUGCCCGGACGGUCACCUCUGCUAAGUCAGCACCCAUCACUGUUGCUGUGAAACAGUCUUUGCUGCUGCUGAUCUCUGCAGUGUUUGGUGGAAUCCUGCUCCUCUUGCUGGUCGUCUUGUUCCUGGUCUGUCUUGUCCGGAGAAGAAAACUACCAGCGAACCUUUGCCAGAAUCAAACUGCGUUGCGCACCAGGGAAAACGGUGGAGAUUAUGAGGUGGAAUAUGAUCGUCUUCCUGAAGAAGCCUUUUUAUAAAAGCUCACCGAGAGAGCGGAAAAAGAAAAGGUCACAAGAAGAAGCAAACAAAGAGGAGAAACAAAAAAUAAAACAAUAAUAAAAAUUGCUUUGACAACAUAAAUUUGCCUAUCUAAUGAACUAUUGAGAUCUGGUUGUUAAAUAAAUACCUUUGAAAUGGA